AUGGCUUCUCUCAAUCUCUCGUCCAAUGGCCCCUCGAUAUCAAAAAGUUAUCAGACAGUGGUGAAUGCACCGCCCCCUUCUGGGAACGGAGGGUCUGCGACCUAUGGCCAAUGGGCUGUCUACUCGGUUUCUACCCCGCUUGUUAGUGCCUUCCAGCAAGAUGGAGGUAAGGAGAGUGUCCUUAAGGUCCAGAGCACCGGAGAGGGUGAAUUGGCGGAUCUCAUCGAGGAAUUUUCCGAAGGACGGGUGCAAUUCGCCUAUGUAAAGGUGACGGAUUCCAACACCGGUCUUCCCAAAAACGUUCUCAUUGGCUGGUGUGGAGAAGGUGUGCCGGAACGAACAAAGGGCUACUUUACUAGCCACCUGGCUGCAGUUGCCAAGUUCCUUCAUGGAUACCAUGUGCAGAUCACAGCCCGAGCAGAUGGGGAUCUAACCCCCGAGGGAAUCGUCCAGCGGGUGGCAGAUUCCUCUGGCUCCAACAAGCCUGCUUUCACACCGACUCGAUCUGGGGGCAUCACCCCCAGCCCAGCUGCUCGCGUACUGCCCACACCUUCAAGAGCUGGCGUGAAUGAUGAUGGAUGGGGUGCAGAUGCCCCUCCCGUGACUCGCACCCAAUUGGAAAAGGUACAAUCGGCUUACCAGCCCACUAGAGUGAACUUACAAGAACUCAAGGCAAACCCCACAGCGAGCCGCCAACCUGCCGCUACUGCAUCGGAUGAUUCUAGCGAUGUGGUUAGAGGUGGUUACCAGCCAGUGGGUAAAGUCGAUAUUGCUGCAAUUCGGAAACAAGCUGCCGCAUCUGGUCAGCUGAAAGAUGAGCGCCCGGCAAUCAUCAAGGGUUCUUACGAGCCCAUUGGCAAAGUCGACAUCGCUGCUAUCCGAGCUAGAGCACAGAAGCCGGAAGCCAGUGACAACGUCCCAUCGAGCACCGCAUUCAGCCAACAGCCAACAACGUUGCCCGAGCGACCUGCGCCCUCUCAUGCCGCGGAGCGUUUGACCACCCUACCCAAGCCAAGGGUUGCCAACAAGUUUGGCUCUAGCCCCUCCUUCCCUGGAACAAAGCCACCCCUCCCAGUUGGUCUCGGGCCUAAGCCAACCACGAGCGCGCCGAUUGGAACUGCAAGCCGAACUUUUGCUGAUGAGGGAGGCAAGACACCCGCUCAAAUUUGGGCAGAGCGUAAAGCCAAGGAGCGCGGAGUCGCUCCGUCAUCUGGAACCACUGAGCCUACCUCUACUCCUGCCCCGAUUCAAAGCCAACCUAGUGGCCAGAGCGAGUGGAGAAGCUCCUAUGCGGGCAAGUCCUGGGCUCCCGUUCAAACCGCACAGGAGAAAUCAUAUGAUCCUGAACAGCCUGUUGAUGCAAAGGCCAAUGACCAACAAGAGGAUAAACCACAACCUCACGUGAGUGCUAUUCGUGACCAGUUCGCUCAGGACACGCCCACACCGGCGCCCGCGCCACUCGCUCCUCCUGCUCCACCUGUUCCGCAGGCCAGUCGCCCUGUUCCCGUACCCGGGCUAUCCUCUGGACCCGUCGAGUCUGAGCCUGAGCAUGAUGCCCAGCAGGCUCUUCCUACUCCACCACCGCAGCCUCCUCGCUCCCCGACACCUCCCUCCCCGGAGCGUGAGAGCUCGCCGAUCCAGAUUGCCAUGCCGGUUGGCCGUGGCGCUGCCGACAGUGUUGCGGAUGCGCACGAGGAACAAUAUUCCCCUCCCCCUGCUAUGCCUGUUCGGAGCCUCCAAGAGGCCGUUCCCGACGAGAGGGAAAUUGAGGAUGAUUCUCACGACCUGGGCCGCGCUGCGGCCGAGGCAACCGCUCCUCAGCAGCCCGAGCAGCCCCAAGGCGGACCGCGAGCUCAGAUCCAGUACGACUACGAGAAGGCCGAGGAUAAUGAGAUUGAAUUGCGAGAGGGAGAGUAUGUGACCGACAUUGAAAUGGUCGACGAGGAUUGGUGGGUGGGUGUCAAUACUCAGGGUGAGCGUGGUCUCUUCCCCGCCAACUAUGUGGAGAUUGUGGAAGACACAGAACCUGUGUCACACGCACCAGCCGCUUCCGAUCAUUAUGAAGCGGAGCCAGAGCCAGAGCCUGUUGCUGCCCCCGUCCCGGCGGCACCCAUCCCUGUCGCUGCCGCUACACCAUCGGUGGCUACUCCAAGCUCCAACGGUGUCACGGCCACAGCUUUGUAUGACUAUGAAGCUGCCGAGGAUAACGAGAUCGGUUUCCCUGAAGAUGCAAAGAUCUCCAACGUGGAAUUCCCCGAUGACGACUGGUGGCUUGGUGAGUACAAUGGCAAACAAGGUCUAUUCCCUGCCAACUAUGUUCGCUUGGACGAAUGA